UACAAAUGUCAAGAUUGUCUUGGGGAGCCACUAUAUUGCACUGGCUGUUGCAGGAGUCAACAUUGUUGCAAUCCUUUCCACUGGAUCAGUCAAUGGAAUGGUCAAUUCUUCGAGCAGAGUUGUCUCGCCCAUGUUGGACUCGUCAUACACCUCGGUCAUGAUGGCAAACAACAUCCA